AUGGGGCUGAGCCUGAACCAGGACUGGCUCCUGCCUUUCCUAUUCUUGCUGCUGAUGAUCACUGUGUCACCGACUCACAGCCAGGGAUGUCCUCAACGUUGUGACUGCAUCGCAAAGCUCAAGACCGUAUCCUGUUUCGGCAAACGCCUGUCCGCACUACCAGAAGGCAUCCCACAGGACUCCAAGAUCCUGGAUCUAAGUGGAAACAAACUCCGCUGGGUAGAGCACGGAGACCUGCUUUCGUAUCCCCGCCUUGAAAAGCUCGACUUGAGUGACAACAUGAUAAGUGUCCUAGAGCCGAAUGCUUUUUCUAGUCUCCAGAACCUGCAGUUGCUGUCGCUGAGGGGCAACCAGCUGAAACUGGUCCCAAUGGGGGCCUUCUCACGUCUGUCCAACCUGACAUCACUGGACCUCAGUGGGAAUAAGAUCGUGAUUCUCUUGGACUUUACUUUCCAGGACCUGAAAAGCCUAAAAAACUUAGAAGUUGGAGACAAUGAUCUGGUUUAUAUCUCCAACAAGGCCUUCCUGGGUCUCAUGGGGCUGAGGGAGCUGACCAUCGAGCGGUGCAACCUGACAUCUGUGUCCAGCCAGUCUCUCUCUUAUCUGCAUAACCUGGUGACUCUGCGGCUCCGCUACCUCAGCAUCUCUGCCUUAGAAGACCAGAACUUCCGCAAGCUGGGAAACCUGAGGGGGCUCGAGAUCAACCACUGGCCCUUUCUGGAGCACAUUUCUCCUCACAGCCUGCAGGGGCUUAACUUGUCCUGGUUGUCUAUCACACACACUAACAUCACGUCUGUGCCGACCUCCGCCCUGCGCAGUCUGGCCCACCUCACCAGCCUCAACCUCUCCUACAACCCCAUCUCUGUGUUGGAGUCCUGGGCGCUGCGGGACCUUGUCAGGCUGAAAGAGCUGCAUAUGGUCAACACGAACCUGGUAGUAGUGCAGCCAUACGCACUGGGCGGUCUGAGGCAGAUCCGCCUUCUUAACCUCUCCACUAACAGCCUGGUGACCCUGGAGGAGGGAGCGUUUCAAUCUGUCAACACUCUGGAGACACUGCGUUUGGAUGGAAACCCUCUCGCCUGCGACUGCCGCCUGCUCUGGAUCCUCCAGCGCAGGAAGACCCUUAAUUUUGACGGCGCCUCCCCGGUGUGUAUGAUGCCUGUCGAGGUGCAAGGACGGGCACUCAACGCCUUCUCUGACUCGGCCCUCUUUGACCACUUCACUUGCCAGAAGCCCAAAAUCCGCAACAGGAAACUGCAGCAGAUAACUGCCCGUGAGGGACAGGUGGUGUCGUUCGUAUGCAGAGCUGAAGGCGAGCCUAUACCGGUGGUAUUCUGGAUCUCCCCUCAGCGCCGGCGCAUCACCACAAAGAGCAGCGGGCGCUUAACUGUGUUACCAGAAGGCACGCUAGAAAUACGGUACGCCCAGGUGACAGACAGUGGAACCUACAUCUGCAUAGCCAGUAACGCUGGUGGGAAUGACACCUAUUUUGCCACUCUUACAGUGAGCGGGCUGCCGCUAGACGCAGCCCUCAUGGCCAACCGCACUUACUAUGCCGGGGAUCUUAAUGACACUAAUCUAAACGACACCAGAGUCUUCUUGAAGUUUACUCUGGACCUCAAGACCAUCCUCAUAUCCACAGCUAUGGGCUGCAUCAUGUUCCUGGGUGUGGUCCUGUUCUGCUUCAUCCUGCUGUUUGUGUGGAGUCGAGGGAAGGGGCAGCACAAGAACAAUUUCUCGGUGGAGUACUCCUUCAGGAAAGUGGAAGGACCUGCCGCGAGCGGGGGACAGGGCGGGGCGCGCAAGUUCAACAUGAAGAUGAUUUGA